GGCUAUAAAUAUCAAUCCGCAAAGACGCAUUCUUUCCUCUUGCAGGGAGCGUUUCUCUUUGUUGCUGGUUUUUGGUAAAAGAAGUUAUUGACAUUUUCCUUCUUUAAGUAAGACGUUAAAACUUAAUUAAAAUGGAGAAUGAUAAUCAGUACAACGGUCAGAACCAAGAUUAUUCAUACAACGAGUAUAGCGAUGGCCAAUAUGGACAUUAUCAACAGGAAGGAAUGGAUACUGAUGGAGGGAUGCAAAGCGGGGGAGGGGACAGUAGUCAAGUGGAGACUGGCAAGGGAAAAUCAGAUGAUGACAGGAAGCUUUUUGUUGGAGGAGUCAGCUGGGAUACCCAGACAAAUGAUUUGAAGAAUUACUUCUCCAAAUAUGGUGAAGUAACAGAUGUAAACAUAAAGACUGAUCCUAACACUGGAAAGUCUAGGGGAUUUGCCUUUGUUACAUUUGCAUCACAGGAGUCUGUAGAAGCUGUGUUUAAAGAUGGAACACAUACUGUAAAGGGAAAACAAGUUGACCCCAAAAGAGCUAAAGCCAGACCUGGAAUAAAGAAAAUUUUUGUUGGCGGACUUGAUCCUGAGAUGUCUGAGAAUGAUAUUCGGACAUAUUUUGAACAGUAUGGCAAGGUGGAGGCUAUUGAACUACCAGUUGACAAGAUAAAAAAUCAAAGAAGACAGUUUGCUUUCAUAACUUUUGAGUCUGAAGACUCUGUAAAGGAAAUAACUAAACAGCCAAAGCAGAUGAUAGGAAAUAAGGAAUGUGAUGUGAAAAAAGCCACAUCUAAACCAGAUCCUCGAUCCAUGCGUGGUGGAUUUAUGGGUGGCUGGGGAGCUCCUCGUGGUGGAGUAGGAAGAGGACGUGGAAGAGGAGGUUACCAGACCCAGGAGUGGGGUGGUGAUCAAGGAUACGGAGGAUAUAAUCAAGGCUAUAGCAGCUACAAUCCAGGAUAUGGUAACUACGACUACAGUGGCUAUGGUGGUGAUUAUACUGGUGGAUAUGGAGGAUAUGACUACAGUGGAUGGGGAUAUGGCCAAGGUUAUGAAAUGGGAUCUGUUACAGGCCAGCAGGCUAGUGGCUAUGGUAAGACACGGGGUGCUGGACGAGGAGGGACUGCUACCACCUUUUACCAUCCUUAUCGUUAGGAUACUUUUUUUUGUCAUGGAGUUAUGAUACAGAAUUUGUGUUGUGUUGACAUCAUAGGCUCAUGUGAACUUCAUCUUCAUGAAUGGUCAUCUGAUGUAUAUAUUUUGUGUUGAAUAAAAAAAAAAUUUUAAUGUGAAAUUA